GAAGGAAUUAAGAAAGCGAACCGAAAACAUUGCAUUUACUCGAAAAAGACCUCUUAUUUUCCAACAUUACAGAAUAUCGCAGCUCUGAGAUAUGUUGCGGCCAUUUGCCCGACAGUGCAAGCUAUUGUAAAGCUGGACGACGAUGUCGCAUGGAACAUCCAGGACACAAGAUCGAUAGUGGAUGACGCCAUAAGAACUGGACGUAUCCACUGUGCCAAGCAUGUCACUGAAGAAGAGUACAGUGGGAAAAGAUAUCCGCCGCACUGCACUGGAUUUGCUUACGUGAUGUCACGGGAGGCUUUUCUAUCAAUACUCGAAGCCGCUAGUGAAGAACGAUAUUUCUGGGUGAAGCAUAUCGAUGAUGUCUUCGUAACCGGAGUGUUAGCAAACAGGAGUGGUGUGAAGCAUGUUGGCAUUUGGGACAAAGUUUCACUUUACACCAAAACUCUAUACCACACCUGGUGGUCUUCAAAUUCCACGUUCACAUUGGUCCGCAAAGAAGAUAUUGAGACAUUUUUCGUCAUAACAAAUGCAGAUUGGAUGCUUAAGAAGUAUUGGUACGGUAGCGACAAUGCAUAA